UGGUCUGUACAGUGUAGAUGGUAAAUUAAGAUCUGACGCUACAGGCAUGUGAAAUGCGAGGGUAUCAGGGGAGAAUCACAUAACCCCUUUACAACUGGUUAUUCAGCAUGUAGCAUCUUCUCCCUCCUGCUGUGAGUGAUGUUGAUCAGAGAGUUAUCAAAGUUGUUGUUUUUAAAAUAACACAGUAUUUCAGGGGUUUUGCACAACCUUGACUCCUGAAUCAACCAUGCCUGAAAUGAUUGCCUUCAGAAGACUCUCUUCCCUGCCCUAUUGAGUCUGUUGAUUCUCCCUCUAUACGCUGUGCAUACCUGGUAGCAACUUGAGGUCUGAGCAACCACCAUGUCAACACAGAGGAAGAAAACAAGAUAUAAAAAAUAAUGCUGUCAAAAAUAAGGCAAGAGCACAGUAUAGCUUUUCAGGCUGUUUUAUUUAAACUUCCUGAUUCAGACCUUGAAUUCCUGGGUGAACUUAUUUAAGAUUUCAAACUCCAGAUCAAUGUUCUGCAUCAAUUUUCUACAGCCUGUUCUUGGUAUAUGGUCUGUACUGACUUUUCAUGAGGAAGAUAUCUGCCUGCCUAUUGCAUCUCAUGUUUUCAACCUUGGGAUGAUAAAUUUCUUUGUGGUUCCCCAGUAGAAGCCAAGACCACACUUUCUGUACCUUUAAUCUGCCGAGGUAGCAACAAUUCUUCCUCCCAAAUAUAGGUUUUUUGAUGCCUUUCUCAUUUCACAACAGUCGUAUAAUGCUUCAUUUUGAUUUCUGGAAAGUGAGCACAGAAGGGUGGAACGCCUGUACUAUGCAGUGGUCCUCCCUGGAAAUGCAGAAAACCUGUAUCUUCUCAGUUCCAAACAGCAUGUGAAGUAAUGAGUUUCAACACUGACAAAAGAAGAGGAACUCAGACCUGCAAGAUCAGGUUGGAAUGAAGAUCCCGCAGGAUCAGGGAACUGACACAGAAGGGGUAGAAACUCUACAGACACUGAGCAGUGGAUGUUUGUCCAAUGCUUUCAACUACAAAUACAACAAAAAAUACAAAGAGAUGGUCCUGGUCAUUAAACUUCUGUUCCUCACCUGCCUGUGGCCGACAGCAGUGCUACACACUUCUCAAAGUCACCAUCACCAUCUUCACCAUCGGCAACAAUUCUCAUUCUUGAGAAAGCAUAACAGCAAACGAGAAAUUAAAAUGAGGAAACUUGACAGCACCAAAGUACGGCCACUUAAAUCCGAGCAGCUUCUUCGCAUAGAGGACCAUGACUUUGCCCUGAGACCUGGAUUUGGAGGGUCACCAAUACCUGUGGGCAUUGAUGUGCAGGUAGAAAGCAUUGACAGCAUAUCUGAAGUUGACAUGGACUUCACAAUGACUUUAUAUCUCAGACAUUACUGGAAGGAUGAAAGACUUUCAUUUCGUAGUAACAAAAACAAAAGUAUGACUUUUGAUGGAAGACUGAUAAAAAAGAUCUGGGUACCUGAUGUGUUUUUUGUACACUCCAAAAGAUCUUUCAUCCAUGAUACAACUGUGGAAAAUGUUAUGCUCCGAGUAUACCCUGAUGGCAAUGUACUCUUCAGUCUACGAAUAACAGUUUCUGCUAUGUGUUUCAUGGAUUUCAGUAGGUUUCCUCUGGACACUCAGAACUGUUCUUUAGAACUGGAAAGCUAUGCAUACAAUGAAGACGAUCUGAUGUUAUACUGGAAACAUGGAAACAAGUCCCUGAGCACAGAUGAGCACAUCUCCCUCUCUCAGUUUUUCAUCGAAGAAUUCAGUGCUUCCAGUGGACUAGCUUUUUACAGCAGUACUGGUUGGUACAAUCGACUUUUUAUAAACUUUGCACUCCGGAGACAUAUAUUCUUUUUUGUGCUACAAUCCUAUUUCCCAGCCAUGCUGAUGGUGAUGCUGUCUUGGGUUUCAUUUUGGAUUGACAGAAGAGCUGUUCCUGCCAGGGUAUCACUAGGUAUAACUACAGUGCUGACAAUGUCAACCAUCAUGACAGGAGUAAGUGCCUCAAUGCCUCAAGUGUCUUACAUAAAGGCUGUGGAUGUGUAUUUAUGGAUCAGCUUCCUUUUUGUCUUCCUGUCUGUCAUCGAAUAUGCAGCAGUGAACUAUCUCACCACAAUUGAAGAGAGAAAGCAACUCAAAAAAAGGGGCAAGGCUUCAGGAAUGUAUACUAUUGAUGCAGUGCAAGCAAUGGCUUUCGAUGGCUGCUUUCACGACACGGAUGUGGACAUCGACCUGACUGCUUUCUCAGACCGCUGUGAAGAGAAUGAGACUCGGGCCUGUGCAGCCAGCGGCUCCAAUGUGGACACAGCUCGCAUAAAGAGGAAGAGAUCUCUGAAGGGAAACGUGGGCAGGAUUAUUUUACAGAACAAUCAUGUUAUUGACACAUAUUCCCGGAUUAUAUUUCCCAGUGUGUACAUUGUGUUCAACUUUUUUUACUGGGGUUUGUACAUAUGAACAAAAAUCAUUAUAAGCUAGACACUAUUUUGCGUCUGAGAGUAGCGUUGUGCUUUAAAAGUAACGCAGCAGCAGUAGAAGAAAGAAGGGUUAAAAGUUUCUGAAACUGACUUCUGCGUCAUACCGAGGCUGGUUUGGUUAGCAGCAAAACUGUUAAUGAAAACCUCUCAUGAGUUUGUUUUUUUUUUCAAUUGGACUGUGAAAUGUUUCAUUGGGGCGAUCUAAUGCACAUGCUACUACUGCAGUAGCAUAGAGGCAGUUUUCUCACACACCUAAACACAGCAGCUCCCACCUGAAGUAUUACCACUCUCUACCGACACACUAACCGUUCCUCUUUAAUCAGCCUGCCUGUUUGU